AUGAGUUUUGGGUUAUCCCAUCUCUGGGUAGAUGCUUUAUGCAUUGUCCAGGAUUCAGACGAUGAUAAGGCACAGGAGAUCUCGCGCAUGGGCGACAUCUACGAACAGGCCCACUUCACUAUUACCGCCGCCAGGGCGAAAAUGGUCGAGGAAGGAUUCCUGCAUUCCCGGAGUAUCGCAGGCGAGAGAGGAUUCCGGAUAUCAUAUGUCUGUGGGAACGGUGAUCUGGGUUCUGUCGUGUUCUGGACUGGCAGGGGGAACAGUGAACCAGAACCGACCGAGACGCGGGCUUGGUGCUUCCAAGAGUCCAUUCUCUCACCUAGGGUGCUGUACUUUGGGACACACAACUCCAAGUGGCUAUGCGCAGAGACACUGAAGCAGAACUCGGACCCUCUCUGCGACGGCUGGAUUGGAGAUUCGAGACUGAGUCUCGAUAAUUCCAGCGUCAGGCAGUUGGUCUACGGUGUAGAAUGGACCACUGUGACUGAUUCAGAGGCCUUUUACUUUGGUUGGAGAGAUCUUCUGCAGUACUAUUCGGUCAUGGAGGCCGGACAGCAGCAGGACAGGUUGCUGGCCAUCUCUGCCGUUGCGAAGAAGAUCGCCAAGAGACUGACUGGCUACUUUAUCCCUUCGUGGUUGUGGGCAUCGAUAUCGGGAGAGGUCCGCUUGGAGAGUUGCACUCCCAUGGAAGAGUUCUCCAUUCAGCACUUGAAAGUUAAAAACCAGAUACCAGGCGACGACUUCAGUGCACCCAUCGAAGCACAGAUGAAGUUGCAGACGCUGACGUUUCCAGCUCACGUCCGCAGAGAUGAGGAGUACGGUGGGGACUUCUUGUGGGACCUGGCAGUCGGCGAAGCCGUUGAUGGCCAGCUGUAUCUGGACGUAGCUAUCGACAGCACGGAGCGAGAGAUUUCGCAUGACGAGGAGCUUCUCGUGGCCUUUGUCGACCGAAGUGUGGCCCUUGUCCUCAAACGGUGCUUGGACAAGUUGACGUUUCGGCGGAUCGGCAUCUGCAUCUCGAUGCGCAAUCGAGAGGACCUUGAUUUGACAUGGCCCAAAAGACUCUAUUACUAUCAGAGGCCCGGCUUGGCAAGUUUGAGCUUGACUACCUUCAUUUUGACGUGGCUGUAA